AUGGCGUCAGUCUACGAACGAAUAACUAACGCACUGUCGUCGCUGGGAAAGCGUCGAGAAAGAGACAAUGGUGCUGAAAAUGGCGGCCGGAGCUUUUACACAACAGGGGACGGCCACGGCCGCGCUCCCAAGCGCUUCCGGCCCUGGGAGCAGUCCGACCUGCAUCGCCGGCUUGAAACAUAUAAGCCUCUGACAUGGUUUUCAAAGCCUGAUACAGUUGGACCGGUGCCAUGCGCGCUGCGGGGUUGGAUAAAUGAUGCCGUCGACAGCCUUUGCUGCGAGCAUUGCAACGCAAAGCUUGUUUACCCGCCAAACGUCUCCUAUGACCAACGCCAGGCGGCAGCAGACCUCUUCUCACCCUCCCUGACCACCAAGCACAACGCCUCGUGCCCCUGGCGCCAAACUCAGUGCAACCCCUCGUUGCUGGCCUACAUCCCCAACACCACGAACGACGAGCUGUGCCAGGUCUUCCAAACGCUCCAGGGAAAGCUCCUCAAGGUGGAUGUCUUGCCGGAGAUCGACGCAAUCGCGAUUCAGGCUUUACGGGGCGCUGCAGCGCCGUACGGGUCGUACGACGACCUAGUCAUGCUGGGAAUUGAUGGCGGCGCCGUCGGCGGCACCGGCACGCCGACGCCGCGUAAGCGCACGGUGGUUCGCAUCACGGACGUGACAGAGGGGUCUGACGGCGGCGCCGCAGCCGCCGCCGGGAUGGCGGCGGUCGGGUCGCCCUUGUUCUCGGAUGGGGAACAGUUUUCAGCCGGCGGCGGCGCCGCAGCCUCGCCAACUUACAUCUUACAGCCGUCAAAAAUGACGCCGCAGCAGAAGGCUCGGCUGCUGGCUCUAAUGGGCUGGGACAUUGACGUGCUACAGCCGGACUCCGCUAGCGGCUCUGGCGCGCUGCCGUACACUCAGUCCGCAGGCUACAGCUUGCAGCAUCUAGGCGUCAAGCCCAAGAGCGCCUCGAAGCCCGCAGUUUCGGCGGCGACGGCGGCGACCGCCGCCGCCUCCGACCGUGAGCGCUACCCGAUGUCCUCCGUCGUGCUCAAAUGCCCGCACUGCAAUUGCCGUACAGGGUUGUGGAACUUUGCCGGUCUGCGUCCGGUGCCGACGGGCAGGCUGACGCCGUCGCAGCAGGCCGCAGGCGUAGCGGCGCUGCUCAGCCCCCGUGCCGGCGGCGCGAGCAGCGGCGGCGGGGCUAUCAGCGCCGUAGCCGCCUCCGGCGGCAUCGGCGGCGGCGCCGAUCCACUUAGCAUGACCAUAGCGGGUGGGCAGUACGGCUUGCACGGCGCUGCUGCGCGAACCCCCGGGCCCUCUUCCUCAACGGCCUUUCGCUUCGGGUCCUCCAGCGCGAGCGAGCCUGUCUUCGGAAUUGUAGCCCUGGACGCAGAAGCACAACAGCAGAAACGCAACGGCGGCAGUAGCAGGAGUGGCGGCGGUUUCGGCAGCCCCCUCUGUGGAACGACGCCGCUUGCAGCAUCAAAAACAUCCGCUGCCGUCGCCGUGACGGGCCGCAAGCGAAAAGCCGAGGAGCAGGUCACCCCUGAGCCCAUGGCCGUAGACCCGCCGCGGCCACAGACCCCUGCUGCAGCCACCCCUGGGGGCAGUGGUGUUUCCUGCGGUGACGGGCUGACGGAGCCGAAGCGGCUGCGGCUGGAGAGGUACGGCAACAGCAGCGGCGGCGGCGUAGCGUCGCCGCUGCCGGCUGCUGCCGACACCCAGUUGCGUGAGCUGGACCCCGUGGGCCAGCACAGGAGCUGGUGUCCGUGGAUAUACACAGGUACACGCGAUGCUCCUCAUGUGAGUGGCUGGCAGCACAUGUUGCGGGUCCUGUCCUCUCAGCAACAACAACAGCAACAAGUGCAGCUAGAGCAGCAACUAGUGUCAGUCGCGGGUGCGGCGCCCGCUCAGAGCGGCGUCGGGGAGGCGGCCCCUUCCACCGCCACUUCCGCAGCGGCAGCGAGCACCAGCACUCCAACGAUGGCGAUGGCGGCAGACGCCCGCAAGCUCAAGGACAGCGCCCUGGCUGCCAUUCGUUCGCUGUAG